AUGACCUCGUUUUUUUUUUUUUUUUUUUAGAUUUUCUUGGUUCUUAUUGAGAUCUCCUUUUACUUUAUAUUAUGGUUAUUUCUGGCAUACGUUUGGUCUUAUUUACUUUAGGUUUUGAUUACCAAUUUAGGCAAAUUGGACAAUUUUCUUGAACAUGAGUAACUAAUUUCUCUUUGUAUCUACCAAUCUUAAAGAGAAGAAGGUAUGGGGAGAGGAAAGAUUGUGAUUAGAAGGAUUGACAAUUCAACAAGCAGGCAAGUGACCUUCUCGAAGAGAAAAAGUGGGUUGCUUAAGAAGGCUAAGGAGCUAUCAAUCCUUUGUGAUGCUGAGGUUGGAUUGAUUGUCUUCUCUAGCACCGGCAGGCUUUACGAUUAUGCCAACACUAGUGUGAAAUCAGUUAUCGAUCGGUUCAGCAAACUAAGAGAGGAGCAUCGUCAACUACUGAAUCCUACUUCAGAAGUCAAGUUUUGGCAAAGGGAGGCAGCAAGCUUGAGGCAACAAUUACGGCACUUGGAAGAAUGCAGCAGGCAGUUAAUGGGGCAAGAACUUUCUGAUUUGAAAGCCAAAGAUCUACAAAAUUUGGAAAGACAGCUGGAGAUAAGUUUGAAAGGUGUCCGGACAAAAAAGAACCAGAUAUUUGAUGAUGAAAUAAAAGAACUGAACCAGAAGGGAAAUUUGAUACAUCAAGAGAAUAUAGAACUGUAUAACAAGCUAGACCUCAUAGGUAAAGAGAAUGAGGGACUGCAAAAGAAGAUUUACGAAGCAAGGGAUGUGAAUCGAGGAAACAAAACUUUCCAGCCUCCAUAUAGCAUCAGUAAUGCACAUGAUUUGCACGCACCCAUCCAUCUGCAGCUAAGCCAGCCACAUAUUCAAACUCAGCCUGGGCCUGGGCUUAAGAAAGAUGAAGUCCCAGCAAAAGCAAUCAAAUUAGGAUUACAACUGCAUUAGCAAAGUUGCUUCACGGCUGUGGAUGGCUAUGUCAUAAUGCAGAAACUUGCACCACUGUGAAACCCAAUCUUCUAAGAGUGAAAUGUCAUACUUUCACUAAAUGGAUUCCACCGAAGGACCAACGGCUUUGGUAUGAAAGGCUCUGCAAAUGUACUGUAAAACAAAAUUUAGGAUCUCUGUAAAAGUAUUAGACAACCAGUUAGGUGUAAUUCAUGCAAUAAUGGGAAACAGUAGUGUGUCAGGACCAACUUUUAUCUGUAUUAAAAAUGUGUUGUGACCAACCGCAGAACAAAUGUCAAUUGUUAUACCUAUAUUUUAUUUUAAUGAAUAAAAAAAGCAUCCCGAACAAGAUGACU